AUGAGUACGAUUAGGAUCAGGACUGCCAUCAACCAAAACAACGCUGCUGCUUCAAUGAUAGACACAGCCAGAUACAACGAGGCAAUAUGCAUGCUGAAAGCAUCUUUGAAGCGGUUUCAGAAGGAACUGAGGUCUCAUGCGGCACAUGACAACGUUCAUUCUGAACCGUGCGCGACAGCGAUACAUCACCUGAUCUUGCAGAGCACUACUACUAGUCUACUAGAUAGAAGAGAGGACAGCAAUGAUGAUGCAGGAUUUCUAUAUGAUCGAGCUGUCUUUAUCCCACAAAGGGUUUCGUUGGAAAGGCACAUUGCUACUCAUGUUGUUUCCUCGAUUCAAAUCUUCAAUCUCGCGCUGGCAUUGCAAUUAAAGGCAAAUGCAACAAAUGUGGAUUCGAGACUCAGGGACUCGUACCUCAGAAAAUCCAUGUCAAUUUAUCAACUGGUGAUGAUGCUAAACGGUAAAAAUAGUCUGCUGUCCAUGAUUGUGCUGAACAAUGUGGGUCUGAUUCACAGGGCAUGCAAGCAUCACGAUCGGGCAUCCGAAUGUUUCAACCGCCUGCUUGCAAUUUGGAUAGUGUCACCAGGUUGGGCCAACUACUUGGAAGGCAUGGUCCACAAUGCCUUGGGAUGGUAUGACACUGUAGCAUUCCCAGCAGCUGCGGCCUAG